UAUCAGGCCACCCAACGAAACAAUUGACCCGAAAUCUUAAAAGGGUUACGUGUUUGGAUAAGCGUUUACGACGUUCACGUCCAAACGACUCAAUAUUUUGAGCUGAAAUUUUGAGACAAGAAAUUUAAUACUGAGAGCUGAAAUAUUUACCUUUAUAAUCAUGGGUGAUAGCAGUAUGGGAAUGUAUACAUUAUUGAUUUGUGGGCUUGUUAAUUUAUUUAAAGCGGUAGAAUCCCCGAAAUUUGGAAUAGGAACAGCAAACAACAUCCAAUCGGGUAUAGUGGGUUUUGAUGUUCAGCUUAAAUGGAAUGUACACGUAAACAUUACUGGGGAACCUUACUCUAUCUUUAAGGUUGAAAACAAGAUAAUCACGAAACUAGAGAACACUACAAAAUAUCUCCAUCAACUAGAUGGCACUAGGAUUGUUCUGACUAUUAAAGAUGUUACAUUAGAUGAUGCUGGUAUAUACAGGUGUAAAUUGGAUGAUUCUGGUGACUAUAAAGACAUAGAACUAACAGUAGAUGAUUGGGAAUUUAAAUGGAUUUCGACAACAAAUCCAGUGAUAUCAAGACUUAAUAAAGACGGAGAAUUGGUGUGGAAAUAUCAAAGUCUAAAGAUCGUCAAUGAAAUCACCUUUAUCCGCUACAACAAUCUUACCAAAAACGAAUAUCAACUUGGCGUUUGGACAACUAAAGGUGGUUUUACAUCUGAUGUCAGUAAUGUUAAGAUGGUCAAGACAACAAAUAAAGAAGUAGUCGAAUUACGUUUGGCACUGGGGAAACCCACGAAAGAUGAUUUCAACCUCAUCUACAUCUGCCAAAUAUCUGAUGGAGCAAACGUUAAUCAGAAUGGAAUAAAACUGGAGAUGGAAAAACCUAAAGUGUACAGCAACAAACCGGUAAUUAAAGAUGAUGAAAUUGAAUUUGAAUGGCAUUAUGAAUAUGAUUAUCCCGCCCGUGCCAUUAUCUUUACUCGACAUUUAAAUGUAGAGCUUCUUAACGUCGGAUACUGGAUAGAAGAGAGGUUUAAACCAACGCUAGAUGGUGGCCAAGAUCGGGUGAAAUUUAACAAGAAAGAUCUACAAGGAGGCGCAGACAUAACUCUAAAAUUAUUGAAUAUAACCAAGGAUGAUUUCAAUUACAAUUAUACCUGUAAAUGUGUAUUUGUUGAUAGGAAAUCCGCAGCUGCUGAUGUGGGGAUUAUGCCAGUUUCCUUGUCUGGCAUGUCGGACAAGCAGCCAAAUGGAACAAAUGGGGAUACAUUGUUAAGUUCGGAUGACGGUGGGAUGAUUAUCGCUGCAGUGGUAACUACAGUGGUGAUGGCACCAAUAACGGUGAUAGCGGUUGUUCUACUAUACAGACGAUGUUAUUCACAACGGUAUAGACCGGUGGAAAAUAAACAAAUUGAAGAACGAGAUGAAGAAUACAAUCUUCACGCUGCAAUAAAUGAAGAUUUUGAAGAAACAGAGGACGAAAAUGAACCUGUACAAAAUGAAGACAGUGGAGACGAUGUUGAUCCUACUUCCACAGAUCCUGAACAAACUUUGAUUAGAAGAAGACCAAUGAAGGUGUAACAAUUACUAUCGAUACCGAUAAACCCUAGAUACCUGGCACUAUAUUUCCGAGCUAAAAUUAUAUACCCCUAAGUGCUUUGGAUUUUUUUUUAUUAAGAGUACAAAUGAUAAAACAGUAAAGAUCGGUUUUCGACCUGUCCCAUUAUUUCACGAAUUCUAAAAUGUGCUUAUUAUUAUUUUCUUUUUUUUGUGCAAUACGUAAUUAAUAGCUUAAUUCUAGUGAAUCGAUUAUUUUGUAUUUCAUUUAUUGAAGUUUUGGAUUUGUAAUGUCAUAGUGUAUAUAGUACGCCGAUUAUAUCUUUCAUGUACAUUUAUAUUGUUAGUUUAUUCGGAUUUAAUGUUUUAGACAUUUCAAAUAUAUUUUGUUUUAAAAAGUAAAGUAUAAUUUAGAUACUCGUAAAUAGCAGUAUUAUGUACAAUUGAUAGCGUUGUACGAUAAACAUUCGAUAAAAUUCGAGUUCAUAUCGAAUGUGAAGAACAAAUAACUUACGAGUUCACGUUCAGAUCUCUAGUAAUAUAGUUACGUCAUUACACAUCAUUAAUAAUGAGAGAGCCUCUCAAAACUUUUCAUUAUCACACAUUUCUAGAAUUCCUGUUAUUUUGAUAAUUGCUUAUUUAAGUGAAUGCAUAUUUUAUAAAUGCAUAUUUUGAUAUUGCAUACUUUAUUAUUAGAUAUUCCAUAAUAACAUAUUCAGUAAUUGCAUGUUUUAUAUUUGCAUAUUUACUAUAUAUGUUAUACAUCAUUAUAACCUCUUGAGACAUUAAAGACACCAUGUUUUAACAACCUAUUCUUAUUAUUUAGGUAAAUAUUAUUUGACAAAUAACUUAAAGUGUUGGGUCACAUCACCCAAGACAAAAUAAGGGCACAUUCUCAGUAUCACCAAACGGGUUUAAUGACACGAAAGAUAAACAAAAUUAUACAUU